CCUGCCCUCUUUGAUGGACACGGACGCGCAGCGUUUAAACCUCGGAGCCGAAACUUUUUAAACAACGAGUUUUGCCCAACCUUGUUGUGAUAUUCGGCUGAGCAACCGGCAUUGGCAUAUAGACUUUCAGUGAAAUUAACUGGACCGGAGAUUAAAGUCGAGCGAUAUUGUCGAGAAGUAAACCUUUUUUCGUGUUUACGCUACGUGCUCUCCUUUUUCAAUUUAAUUGCUGAAUAAAAAACGUAAUAACAAUAAUAAUCAUAAAAAUAUCCCCAGUGUGCCAACUCUACGGGCGUGCAAAUAAACGUUACGAGAAGAAGAGAAAAAAAAAGGAGAGAAAAGAAAGAACCCCUCCACACACAGUUUCACCCGAGCCGCGAAUAACUCUUUAAUUAGGUCAUUGUGAGUAUCGCGGUGCAGUUUCCGACGGCAAAGCAAUCUCGCCUAAGCCCUAAAUCGAUGGACAAACGUUACACGGGGGACGAUUAUAAUUGGAUUUAACGGAGUGUGACGAUCGGGAAUUCAUUCCAGGUUGUCGUAAUUGGCAAAGGUGAAACACACUCGCGUUGAGUAUCGGACUAAUUUCAUUACAUCGAUAACUACCGUGACUGCGGAUCAAACAGCUCAGCGUUUACACUCUGCAUGCGAGAGAGGGAAACUUGACUCGCGACUCGCGGCGUGUCGCCACGGAAUUAUUCACCUCGGGCACGUGUUCGAGAGGUUUAGACGUACGGAGUGAACCGACCCCGUGAACAGUGCAACGAGAGGGUGAACAGCCCUAGUCGAGUGAUCGUCAACGACAGCCGAAUAAUUGCGGAUGUAAACGGACCGAGAUAUGGACAAGAUUGAUCUGGUCUGAGGCGAAGACCUGCAGGUAACGAUCUCAGAUACGUCAUGAUAAGAGAAUUGUCCCUGGGUUGCACCCUGAACAGGGUGCGGAGGGCAAGUCCCGAGGAUGGGUCCAACCUCACCGCGGCACAGAACUCGACCUACGAUCCCCACGAGCUGCUCGACGACGGUUACGAGGAGAGCCAGGACGCCUGCUACUCGCUCUACUUCCUCCUCGAGUUAUUCCACCUCUACUACAUUCCGCUGAUUAUCCUGAUCGGCCUCGUCGGCAAUCUUCUCUCGUGCAUAGUCUUUCUUAACACCCACCUCAAGAUGAGGAGCUCGAGUUACUACCUGGCCGCUCUCGCCUCGGCCGACUUUGGAUUCCUCGUCGCUCUGCUCCUCGUGUGGCUGAACAACACCGUCGGAUGGCAGGUCUUCAACAAGGCCGGAUGGUGCGAGACCCUCGUCUACAUCAGCGCGGUAUGCAGCUCCCUGAGCGUUUGGCUGAUCGUCGCGUUCACCGUAGAGCGAUUCAUCGCCGUCCAGUAUCCUCUGCACAGGCCAUACAUGUGCACCAUAGCCAGGGCCAAGACCAUUGUACUGGCUCUGGUCGUCCUGGCUCUGGUCAGCCACUCGUACGCCUUUAUCACGGCCGGAGUGAUCCCCGCACAGGACGGCACCGAGGUCUGCGAGCUCAGGAUGGAGUACCACGAGACUAUGCGCAUCAUCAGCAUCGUCGACAGCAUAGCGAGCCUCAUUGCUCCCCUGAUCCUAAUCAUCCUCAUGAACACCAUGAUCACGGUGAACCUCAUCAGAUUCAGCAGGAGGUUCAAACAGGGACCGGGAGUCUCGACGCACUUUCCGAACAGGGAAAGGUCCGACAUAAACCUCAACCAAAUUCCGAACGCCAGCAGCAGCAACAAUGGAGCCGUCGGGAUGACUCUCGUCCCCGAAAUCGGGUGGCGAAGAAAUCCGUCACAGCAGUCUUUCCAUUCGUCGAAAAGUAAUCAUUCCCACCACUCGAGGCACCUGCCGCAAACCACAUCGGCCGCCAUCUACCCUCGAUGUACUUACGGAGGUAAUACCAAAGACGGAAGCGCCUCGUCCAGAAAUCCAGCCUCUCCGAGGAAUCAGCAGAGCAUUACUAAAAUGCUCCUCCUCAUCAGCACCGUUUUUAUACUGCUUAAUUUACCCAGCUACGUGAUCCGGCUGUGCGUAUUUUUCUUCACCCUUGCCCGAAAGGAAACGCCGUUGCUGCUCUGGUGUAUCCAGCAAUUUUUCAUGCUGCUCUACUACACGAACUUCAGCAUUAACUUUGCCCUGUACGCCAUGUGCGGCAUAACGUUUCGCCGAUGCCUAAAGCAGCUGAUGUGCAAGGUGCAAAAAAGCAUCACAAGGUAUCACUGCAACCCUCAACGGUACAUAUAGCUAAUCUACAGACGUAUUCGAACCCUCCGAAUUAGGGGUGGUGAGAAUAUUGUCGUCGCCAACGGUGGCCCAGAGUUAGCCGUCGAUCCCUGACCUUUGUAUAAUAAUGCUAAGGAGAAAAGCGAGUGUUUUUUAUUGACGAAAAUCGGCAGCGGACGAUUAUAGACGCCUAUAAAAUCUCUCCUUCGAUUAUUUUCUUUUCUACGUCUUGCAAUUAUUUCUACCUCGUUUUUCUUACACCUACCAUGGGAGGGUCGAGGUUAGGGAGAAAAGACAAUAUUCCGAUUAAUAAUACUUUUCCGCAAUCUGGAUUAAUUUUAAAAUACAAUCUUAGAUCGCGGUCGAGGCGCGGUGAUUUUUUUUUUCAUUCGUCAAACAGCAAAUUGACGAACGUAAUUAAUUUACCGAUCGAAACUUCCCUCUGGCUUCGUUUUUGUUUUUUGUUUUCUUUCUUUCUUCUUUCAGUCCGGUUGUAAGUUUUUCUUUUUUUUUUUCUUACCGAAAUUCAACGACGGGGAAGACGCGUGGCGGUACACCGGAUGUAACAAGAGUAGGAGAAAGUUUGGAAGAGUUGAAAAACAAAAAAAAAAAAAAAACAACAACAUAUUAAAAAGCUAUAAAAUAUAUAUUAUUACUCAUAAAUCUAGUCGUCUAGAAUCAAUCAAUUAUUUAUACUUUAUUAUAUAAUUUUAGCAGAAUUACUUCGAUACUUUAUAUACCCAAUAGACGUUAAGAGAAAAAUGAAAAGGAAGUAUGCAAAAACCAAAAAAAAAAAAAGCAAACAAAAAAAAACGUACAUACAACGCUGACAGCGAUUAAUGUGAAUUAAAAAAGUUCCAGUUUUUGAAUAACGGAUGUCAUGUCGCCGCAUGGCUGUAUAUAAUGUAUAUUUUGCAUGUGAUAUGGAGAAAAUAUUUAGCAGACGUAAAGUGUUAUGUUUGGAAAUUAAUUCGCUCGUUUGACGGUACCGCAUAUAAUAUGCAAUAUCACUAAUAUCGAGUUUGAUAAAUAAUUUCGAGUGCAGGUUAACUUUUAAGUAUAGGUACCCACACUUCGAAAAAGUUUCAAAACAGUUGUUUCACUUUCUUAAAAAAAAAAAACGUCCAUUCGAUUUCAGUAUCCGACGUCCCUUCAUUAUUUGACGACAAAUCAAUUAGCGGAUAAUUGACAAUGCGAGAGUUGGCAAAAGUUCCGUCGGAGAGAGAAAAAAAGAAGCUUAAAUAAGGCGAACCUCAUGUGAUGGAUGUAACGAAGUAAUACCUGAUAUAACAUCAUUACACGUAUAACAUGGGAAUUUCAAAUGUCUAUAAUAGCACGGCAAUGAAGACAAAUCGCUGGACGAUAAAUUACAAUGUAAAUAUUAUUGAAAAUUAUAUCCCUGUGUGUCCAGGUCGAUGGCCCCGACAUAGUCGUAAAGGUAUAUUUUCUCGACCCCGAAUAUGUCUGCGCGAUUUGUCAUGUGGUUUUAUCUGACAUUUAUUUUUUUUUCUACUUUUCUUUCUUUUCGUCUUCACCCCGCAGCCCUUCAGCUAUCUUUUACUUCACCCUGAAGGGGAUGGGGAAAAAUUUUCUAUUCAUCGUGUGUUCCUAAAGCUAUGCCCCGCAAUCAUAUCGCUAAGAAAUUGAUGACAUUACGCGAUGUAAAAAGAUGAAGAGGAAUAAGACGAAUAGAAGAAAAUAGAGGCGCGAACGCGAUUACGAGUAAACGUAUUUAAUUUAGACGCAAGCGUGAUUAAAUGAGAACGAAAACGCUACUACGAA